AUGAGUUGUCCUGAGAAACCAGAUGUACUUAAUUUGACUUCAUUGGAAGAAAGAAUGAUUUCACCUCGUAUUCCUUUUAUGCAAUUACGAGAGCUUCCUAGGGGAGGCCAACUAAGCAUACAUGGAAAUGUUGUUAAUGUUCCAGCUGAUGUGAAUUCAACUGUUAAUCUUUUACCAAGACCUGUUAAUGAACUGCAAACCAUUCCAAUAAAAUUUAAACGACGUCUCAGUUACAAGCGUCAUUACUUGUUCGAAAAUAUAAGACCAUUCAGGGUUCUGAAAGCUGCCCAAUAUCUAGCUUGUAGAAAAUAGCCCAUUGUUCAGAGAUGAAGGUAUAGAGGUUGAUAGCUGAUAGCUUGAAACAUAUAAGGAACAUAGCAUUGAAGGUGAGACGUCACAGUUAGACAAUGAGAAAGUAACUGAGGAGAAUGAACACUCUGAUGAAACAGAUGUUUGGUCUGAAGUUGAAGAGCGUCCUGCAGGAGUCAUGCAUACUUUGUUAAUUGAACCAGGUGUUAGUCAGAAUUUUCAUGAUGUUCUUAGCUUUGCACCAGGUGAGGGAAACAAACCUCUUGGGUUAUUCAUUGACAAAGAUUCAGAGUACUUGUCAUUUACAACUAUAUUCUAUGGAAAGAGGAGAAGUGAUAAUCAGGGUCGUCAAAUCCCUGUGCAGUACAGUACAAUUUGUAAAUGGGAAUUACGUUGUCAAGAUCGUAGAGUUGCUGCAUCGGUUCCCAAUAUAUUUUACAAACUGAAAAAACUUCAAAUCAAAAGAAUUCAGGAUAGUGCAGGUAUUUCAAUUCGAAAAUGUAAAACCAAGGGUAAAAAGUACACAUCAGGUGAUUUGAAAACAGAUGCUGGUGUGAAAAAGUUAAUUCAUCUCGAAGAAGGGCAUAGAGUACUUAGAAAUUUAAGAGGUUCACCCCCUUAUUUUGAAAAAUGCAAAAAAGAUUUGUUUGCAAUGAUUAGGCAACUUGGCAACCCAACAUGGUUUUGCUCAUUUUCUGCAGCUGAGACAAGGUGGCCCCAUUUGCUCAAAAUUUUAGGAAGGCUGGUUGAAAAAAACAAUUACACUGAUGAUGAAAUUAGUGGUAUGACUUGGCAAAAAAAGUCAGAGUUAAUUCGGAAAGAUCCUGUCACUUGUGCUAGAAACUUUGAGCACAUGUUUCGUUUAUUUCUAACAACUUUUUUUAAAAGUAAGCAAAUGCCUAUUGGUGAGAUAGAAGACUUUUUUUAUAGAGUUGAACUUCAGCAAAGAGGAUCUCCCCAUAUUCAUGCUUUAUUUUGGGUCAAGAAUGCACCCCAUUUUGGGAAAAAAUCUGAGUCUGAAGUUACAGCAUUCGUUGACAAGUAUGGCACCUGCAAAAGUGAUACACAAGGUGCUGUAGAUACAGAUCUAGUCAACCUUCAAUUGCACAGACAUGCGAAAACAUGCAAAAAAGGGACAAAAUAUCUGUAG